UAUGGUGGAACCGUAAUAGUGGAACAGUCAUGGUGGAACAGUUAUGGUGGAACAGUUAUGGUGGAACAGUCAUGGUGGAAAAGUAGUGGUGGAACAGUCAUGGUGGAACAGUCAUGGUGGAACAGUAAUAGUGGAUCGGUCAUAGGGGAAAAGUUAGGUAGUUUCGAAAACGAAGCACUCGAAAACGAAGACCGAAGCACGAAGCACCCAAAACUCGAAAACGAAGCACCCAAAUCUCGAAAACGAAGCACCCAAAACUCGAAAACGAAGCACCCUAUCUCGAAAACGAAGACCCCAAAAUCUCGAAAACGAAGCACUCAAAACUCGAAAACGAAGACCCCUAAAUCUCGAAAACGAAAACUCGAAACCACUGUAGGUUUAAUAAGUGCAACUUUACGUCUUACAUGACGCAAUCCGAAUCAGGUGGAGGCAGCGGAUGCGUCCGCACCUUCAUGAUCAAAGGUCCACAAAAUCCAUCCCAAGGUUUUAUAACCAAACUGUUUCACUGAACGUUUCUAGAUAGGAUAUCCUGUAUUAAUUUUAAUAUUAGUCUCGCUAUACUUGAUACAUCUUACCUUAAUAUGCAUUUUUUCGGUACACAUACAUGUUUAUGUAGACUUCAAAACUGUCCGUCAGCAGAUUUUGGCAUAUUCAAGUGCACGCGUGAGCAGUAACACAAAAAGGUCUGAAACGAGGCUGAAAACGGAGUGUGAGGCUCGCGCAGACAUUUUCUUCGCCACGUUUACCAACUUCUUUACUGAUUUUGAGAAAAAAACCGAUUGUUUUGCAGUCUAACAUAUUGGAUAUCUAUGACACUGCGUGUUCAGAUCAGAUCAGAUCAAGGCAGAAUUUGUUCUAGGAUAACAGCCUGGGACCAGGCUCUAUGGUGGGGAACAGGAGAACUCGUUAUCGUGCUUGAUUCCUGCUGUAUUAGCAUUGGACUAGUGUUUAUAAAGGACAGACCCGUUUCGAGUUUUUGGGUGCUUCGUUUUCGAGAUAGGGUGCUUCGUUUUCGAGAUAGGGUGCUUCGUUUUCGAGAUUUGGGUGCUUCGUUUUCGAGUUUUGGGUGCUUCGUGCUUCGGUCUUCGUUUUCGAGUGCUUCGUUUUCGAAACUACCGGAAAAGUUAUGGUGAAACAGUCAUGGUGAAACUGUCAUGGUGGAACAGUCAUGGUGGAACAGUAAUAGUGGAACAGUCAGGUGGAACAGUCAUGGUGGAACAGUAAUAGUGGAACAGUCAUGUCGGAACAGUAAUAGUGGAACAGUCAUGGUGGAACAGUUAUGGUGGAACAGUAAUAGUGCAACAGUAAUGCUGGAACAGUUAUGGUGGAACAGUAAUAGUGGAACAGUCAUGGUGGAACAGUUAUGGUGGAACAGUUAUGGUGGAACAGUCAUGGGGGAACAGUUAUGGGGGAACAGUCAUGGUGGAACAGUCAUGGUUAAAAAGUAAUAGUGGAACUGUCAUGGUGGAACAGUGAUAGUGGAACAGUAAUAGUGGAACAGUAAUGGUGGAACAGUUAUGGUGGAAGAGUAAUAGUGGAACGAUCAUGGUGGAACAGUAAUGGUGGAACAGUAAUAGUGGAACAGUCAUGGUGGAACAGUAAUAGUGGAACAGUCAUGGUGGAACAGUAAUAGUGGAAUAGUCAUGGUGGAACAGUAAUGGUGGAACAGUCAUGGUGGAACAGUCAUGGUGGAACAGUCAUGGUGGAACAGUAAUAGUGGAACAGUCAUGGUGGAACAGUAAUAGUGGAACAGUCAUGGUGGAACAGUUAUAGUGGAACAGUUAUGGUGGAACAGUCAUGGUGGAACAGUAAUAGUGGAACAGUUAUGGUGGAACAGUCAUGGUGGAACAGUAAUAGUGGAACAGUUAUGGUGGAACAGUCAUGGUGGAACAGUAAUAAUGGAACAGUCAUGGUGGAACAGUCAUGGUGGAACAGUAAUAGUGGAACAGUUAUGGUGGAACAGUCAUGGUGGAACAGUCAUGGUGGAACAGUAAUAGUGGAACAGUCAUGGUGGAACAGUCAUGGUGGAACAGUAAUAGUGGAACAGUCAUGGUGGAACAGUAAUAGUGGAACAGUCAUGGUGGAACAGUCAUGGUGGAACAGUCAUGGUGGAACAGUAAUAGUGGAACAGUCA